AUGGUGCGUCAGCUGCACGACGGUAUGAUGGCGCGGGUCACGGACAACGGAGCUGUCUCAGAGGCAUUCGCAGUGACCAACGGAGUGAAGCAGGGCUGUGUGCUGGCGCCUACCCUCUUCAGUCUCAUGUUCUCUGCCAUGCUGAUGGACGCCUACCGCGACGAACGCCCUGGAAUCCGCAUCGCCUAUAGAACGGACGGUCAUCUCCUGAAUCAACGGCGCAUGAACUUCCAAUCGCGUGUAUCCACAGCCACCGUGCGCGAACUCCUCUUCGCCGACGACUGCGCCCUGAACACCACCUUGGAAGAGGAGAUGCAACGGAGCAUGGACCUAUUCUCCGCUGCCUGCGAGAACUUUGGGCUGGUUAUCAACACGCAGAAGACGGUGGUGAUGCAUCAGCCACCUCCCAACUCAGCCACAGCCCCCAACGGGCCGCAAAUCAACGUGAAUGGGACUCACCUGCAAGUGGUAGAGAACUUCCCGUACCUGGGCAGCACGCUCUCCCGCAACACCAAGAUCGACGACGAAGUCGCCAACAGGAUCUCGAAAGCCAGUCAAGCCUUCGGUCGACUCCAAAGCACAGUUUGGAAUCGUCAUGGUCUCCAACUGAGCACAAAGCUGAAGAUGUACAAGGCCGUCAUCCUGCCGACGCUACUGUACGGAGCGGAGACCUGGACGGUGUACACGAGGCAGGCACGUCGACUAAACCACUUCCACCUCAGCUGUCUCCGCCGCAUCCUGAGGCUGAACUGGCAGGAUCGCAUCCCCGACACCGAAGUGCUGGAACGAACGGGAAUCCUCAGCAUCUAA